AUGCCGGGAAUACACCCUGAUAUUAUCUCUCAUAAACUGUCAAUAUUUCGUGAUGCUCGACCGGUCGCACAAAAGAAAAGAAGAUUAGGCUCAGAGAAGAGACAGGCGGUAGAUGAAGAGGUACAGAAGUUGUUAGAUGCAGGAUUCAUCCGUGAAGUGAAAUAUACUACCUGGUUGGCUAAUGUAGUUCUGGUCAAGAAAUCUAAUGAUACCGAUGCACUCUCCCGACAGAGAAAAAACCGCUUUCAUUACCGAACGAGGUUGCCGUUCGGUCUGAAGAAUGCUGGAGCUACCUAUCAGAGGCUUAUGGAUAAAGUGUUUGAGAAUCAGAUAGGACGCUGUAUGGAGGUAUACGUCGAUGAUAUGGUUAGACGUAGCCAUUCUUUGGAAGACCACGUCAAAGAUCUAGAGGAGGUACUGGGACAAGUUAGAAAAUACGGGAUGAGGUUAAAUCCCGCAAAAUGCACGUUCGGGGUUAACGCGGGAAGAUUUUUGUGGUUCAUGCUGACUGAUAGAGGAAUAGAAGCGAAUCCCGAUAAAUGCAAGGCCAUUCUGGAAAUGCGAAACCCGAACAGUUUAAAAGAAAUACAGCGUCUAGUCGGUCGGUUGACAUCCUUAUCACGAUUCAUCCCAAAACUAGCCGAGAAGAUUAAACCCAUUUUGAAACUCAUGAGAAAAAACACCCCCGAAGGAUGGAAUGAUGAGUGUGAAGAAGCAUUCAAGGGAGUUAAGGAAAUCCUAAAUGUCCAACCUGUCAUGGGAAGACCUGAUCCCGGUCAUGCGUUGCAUAUCUUCCUAGCAGUAACUGAUACUGCCAUUAAUGCAGCUCUGAUCCAAGAAGAGCCUCAGUUCAAGUUAGUCUACUUUGUUAGUCGAAGCCUGAAAGAAACGGAAGUUCGGUAUCAAAAGUUGGAGAAGGUAGCCUUAUCUCUUUUAUAUGUCGCCCGUCGUCUUCGGCCUUAUUUCCAAGGAUAUCAAGUGAUAGUCCGAACAGACUACCCAAUAGCUAAAAUCUUACGCAAACCAGAUUUAGCAGGAAGGAUGAUAGGGUGGUCCGUUGAGCUGUCCGAGUUUGGGUUACAGUAUGAACCCAGAGGUUUGGUAAAGGGACAACACUUAGCCGAAUUUGUAGUGGAGCUACCAUAUACAAUACUUACGCAUGCCUGGAAACUUUAUGUAGACGGAUCAACAUGCAAAGCUGGAGGAGGAGCGAGAAUUGUGUUAGUAGGACCGAACGAUAUGAUUGUUGAACAAUCUAUCAUCUUUAAAUUCAAGGCAAGCAACAAUCAGGCUGAAUAUGAGGCAUUGAUUGCGGGAAUGGAACUCGCCCGGGAUGUCGGCGCAGACAAUUUGGCAUGCUAUACCGAUUCACAGGUAGUAGAGGGGCACAUGAACGGUAGUUACCAGGUAAAAGACGAUUAUUUACUGCGGUAUUUUCAUAAAGCGAAGCAGUUACAAACACGUUUUGGUGAAUUUACAAUCACCCAUGUACCACGAGAGCAAAACACUCGUGCCGAUCGGUUAUCAAAGUUGGCUAAUGGAAAAGAAAAAGGGGUCUUAAAUUCAGUCAUCCGACAGGUAUUAUCCAAACCGAUCGUAGGCUGCUAUGCCAUUUCUUCCCCCACUAGUUCGAACAAACAGAUUUGUUGGAAAGAUGAAAUUAUCCGACUUAUACGACGACAGGACGAAGGGCAUAAUCUACAGGUUGAAGAAACAAAGAAAAUAUCCAGAUAUUGUCUGAUCGGGGAAGAUUUAUAUCGUAGAGGGUAUGUCACACCGAUGAUGAAAUGUUUAUCCAUGGAAGAAGCAAGUUACGUCUUGCGUGAACUACAUCAUGGCAUAUGUGGCAGACAUACAGGGGGACGAGCACUGAAAGCACGUGUUCUGAGGGCUGGAUUCUUUUGGCCUACAUUAGAACAUGAUUGUUUAUCCUUCUUACAAAAAUGCAUAUCAUGCCAGAAGCACGACAACGUUUUUCACGCCCCGGCGUCAGAAUUACACAACAUAUUCUCCCCUUGGCCGUUCGCCCAGUGGGGUAUGGAUAUAGUGGGAUCAUUCCCGCUCGGUCAAUCUCAAAAGAAGUUUCUCCUGGUUGCUGUAGAUUAUUUCACCAAAUGGGUCGAGGCUGAACCACUGGCCAUAAUCUCCACCGCACAAGUUAAACGAUUCAUAUGGCGUCUCAUAUGCAGAUUCGGCCUACCGAAGACGAUAAUAACAGACAAUGGAAGACAAUUCAUAGAUAAACGGUUACAAAGCUUUUAUAAGGAGUUAGGCAUCACAAGUAUCACAAGUUCGGUGGAACAUCCCCAAACGAACGGUCAAGCUGAAGCAGCGAACAAAAUCAUAGUCAAUGAACUUAAGAAGCGCUUGGGAGAAGCUAAAGGAGGUUGGGUAGACGAAAUCGAUCAUGUUUUGUGGGGUUAUCGCUGUUCCCCACAUGGUUCAACGGGAGAGUCACCGUUCAAUCUGACCUAUGGAACAGACGCCGUGCUACCUGUGGAGGUUGGGGAACCGACCGUAAGAAGACAACUGUCAGAUAUGACGAUCAAUAAUGAACAGCUCAGAAGUAAUUUGGAUGUGAUAGACGAACGGCGUCAUGUACCAGCUAUAAAAAAUGAAGCAUACAAGAGGUUGGUAGCACGAAGGGGAUCUAGUUUGGCGUAA